CUGCAGGGUCCGUCCCAGCACCCGAGCUGCCGUAAUAUUGUGUUUGGAUGUGAAGAAUGGACUUUUCAGUGAUGGCCAUUGCAGAUGUACAAAAUGUGCUCUUGGCUAUGCAGAAGAAUUUGGAGUGUGCAAUAUGCUUGGAUGUGGUCAAAGAGCCAGUUUCAGCAAAAUGUGACCAUGUCUUCUGCAGGUUCUGCAUGUUCAAACUCUUCAGCAAAAAGAAAAAAGGUGUGGUAGAGUGUCCUCUGUGCAAGACUGAAGUUACUAAGAGAAGUCUGAAAGAAAAUUCCAGAUUUAAGCAACUAAUUGAGGCAUUGUUGGAAACUAUCCAUGCAUUUGAGCUUGACACUGGAGUAAAGAUUUUAAACAGUCAUCACCUUCCUAAAACAUCCACAGAAGCCACUGCUGCUGAUUUGCUGUGUAAAGAGCAUUCUGUCAUCCAAAGCAAGGGCUUCAGAAACAGGAAAAAAAGCAUCAAAGGAAAUGGACAAGAGACCUGCACCUUGCAGGAAGCUAAUGUGGAUACACAGCUUGCAGAUACUAGGGUCAAACAGUGUCCCCUAAGAAAUAAAACCCAGAAGUGUGACCCUGAAAAAGGGCUUUAUAUCGAGUUUGGCUCUGAUUCAUCUGAAGAACUUUUUAAACAGCAGAGCAAUGUCAGAUCAGAAGACAAAGCAGGGCUUCGCAUUUCCUCUCAAGAACAAAAGAGUGCUGAGGAGGGGAAAGGCUGUUGUCUUAAUGUACUGCCUGACAAGCUGGCUGCUAAAGGAGGAAUUCUACCAAAUGUCCCAGGUGAAAGUGAUUUCUUUAAGGAAGACUCAAGCAAGAGAAGUACUCGGAGCACCGCUGAAUGUACCAAACCUGUCCAAGUGAAUGUGACUGCAUGCCAUAGUUCCCCUUCAAACAGGGCAGUAGAGCUGCUCACAGAGCAGUGUGACAGAGCAGGUCCAGAGAACACUCCAAGGAGCAGGGGGACAUCUUCCUCUCAGAACACAGAAGAAGCUAAUGCAGAGCAAACUUGGUGCAGUAGUAAAAGCAAAGAGUUUGACUUAAAAGAUAGCUCAGAGAGCAGCUCGGAUGAAAGCAAGGAACUAGAUAGUGUUGUGAAAAUUGUGGAAAUGUAUAAACCUGAAAAUUCUUUCCAUGAAAAUGAACUUACUCUGGAAAAACUACUUCAGCCAGAGAUGCUUCAUUGCACUACCCUGUUUGAAGUCUCUAGGAAGAGACUGAAGAGAAGCAUUGAAAAAGUCAAUGAAUGGUUUUCAAAAAACAAUGGAUUUCUGACUUCCAGUUAUUCCCAGGAUAAUUCUGCUGGAGCAGCUGUUUUGGACGAAGGAGAUGUGUGUUUGUCUGACAGAGAUUCCUGUGUUUCAGAAAAGACUGACCCUAUGGAAAUUGCAGUGGAUGAAGGAAACAGAGAGUCAAGACCAACAGCAGGUAUCAAAGACAAAAUAUUUGGGAAAACAUACAAGAGAGACAGGAAGUCAAAUUCCUCUGUUAUCUGGAGGGACAUUUUACCUAGUACAGAACAAAAAUAUGUCGGUGCUGCUGAGAAGUGCUUGAAUGAUUCCAUCAAAGACGGAUUCAAACGAAAAAGGAAGACUACCUGUCUCCUGCAGCCUGAGGAUUUCAUCAAGCAAAAAGAUAUAUAUGGAGCAGAUGGGAGCCCUCAAAGUGUUAACUGCUGCUUUGGAAGUGCUGAAAAAAAAAGAUGUGAUGAAAGAUCUGCUGUUAAUGAGAGUCACCUCUCUGAGAAUAGAGAGGAUAAUGCACCAGCAGUGCUUGAGGAAGGAGGAGGAUCCAUACAGAAGAAAGCUCCUGCAAAGGUGACUGGUAAGCACUGUGACAGAGAGCGAGAACUGAAUAACUCUAAUCAGAAAAGCACUAAAAAAAGCACUGCAGCAAAAAGAUGCAGGAGUUCUACUAGAGCAAUGUGUGCUCUACAGUUAGUGGUGGAUAGGAACUCUCUUUCCUCUGACUCAUCAGAGCCACAGAUCAACAGCUACCCAAGCAGUGAAGAAGCAAGGAAAGUUGAUCGUGAGCAAAGACAAGUCAGGCGCAGCAGGAGGCUUCAGUUACUGUCUGGAGAAAUGACAAAAGAAAUGGGAAAAGGAGCAGUAAUUAAGGGAGCAAGAACCUCUGGCAGUGAUGGUGAAGAGCCUUUUGGUGUCCAAAGCAAUGUGUUAGUUCACUCUUCUGAAUACAAAGACCUAUGUGAGCCCCAGGGUGUGCUGAGUCACAAGCUACUCACUGAUCUGAAGGAAGAUAAAAUGCUGGUUAGUCAAAAGAAUUCACCUGACACUGCAGAUGCUGGCAGGAGUCUCUUCAAUCCUCCAGCUAUGUGUCAAGGUUCAAAUUGUAGUUCCUCUGCACUUGAUGCAGGUUCUAAAGGAGGUGAAAUACGAGGUAGCCCUUUCCUCCCACAGUCUCCAUCAGUGACUGUUGUGCAAACUCCUGACCUAACUGAAGAGGUGACCGAAUCGUGCAUUCCCCAGGACAGUGGACAUGAUACACAAAGUGUUCCAGAGGACUUCAAAACUGAAAAGUUGCCAGUGGUUAAAGAAGCCUGGGAUUUGACUAAGGAAGCUGCAGAUAGUGAAUUAGACACACAGUGCCUGCGAGGUAUAUUUAGGCAGUCCAAACGUCUGUCGUUCAGCCUUUAUCCUGCCGCUAUGCAGGUGUGUGCAGCAGAAGGGGCUGCUGCUGAAACUUUAAAGGUGUGUGUUGAUCAGAUAGAAAAUGAGCAUAGUAAACACUUAAACAGAGAAAACUUGCAAGAGAGAACUUCUGAAAUCUUGUGCAGGGUUUGUGAGAAAGAGGAGCCUAAUACCUGUGAUUCUGUUUGUGUUAGUCCUGUGACUUGCUUUGUUGGCAACACUGAACAUACGGACACAGGGGAACAUGGAGAAGAUGUUUCACAGGUUGCAAAUCAAAAGACUCUGACACUGGUAAGAGUGGGUGCUGCUAGGAUUAAAGACAAGAACAGACUGCAAAAAGGAGAGCAGGGAGAUGAGAAGGCAGUGUCACCUGCUGUAGGGAUAGGAGGUGAGUUGAGGCAGAAUCCAGUCAGAGGUCCCAGCAGUCGGAGUGAUCAGAGUAAUGUAGCAGAGCUCUCUUCCAGGACAGUUGCUGUAAACAUGGCCAAGGAGAUCUGUUUCAGUUCAGGAAGCAAUCAAGCACACAAGGCCAAAGUUAUUGACAGCAAAGGCCCAGUGCUACAUUCUCAGUCCAGAUCAGUGAUUUCUGCAGCUCCUGAGCAGAGGCCUGCUGAAUUCAGAGAUGAAGUCACUGAGAAAAAAUGUAGCAAAAGAGAAGAAAAACAAGUAAAGGGGAAUAAAGAAGAGGCAACCCAAACAGGGGGCACAGGACUGUCCGAGUGCUUAGUUCCAGAGGCUCCAGAAGAACUCCUGAAAGGGAAUAGGGGUUUUACAGGUUUGUCUGAAACUGCUGAUGGCUUUCUGUGCUCUGAUGAUGAUACUGAGGAGAACAGCUUUUCUGAAACUGAUAGGAGAGAGAUAUCUGCUGUAUUUGUCAAAAGAAGUGACUGUGCCCUGAUGAAAGAAGUGCAUAACAGAAAUGCUGGUUCUGGGCUGAGCUCUCGAGGUAUUCAAAAGUCUCGAAGAAAAGGGCAGAAACUGCCAUCUUCAGAUGAGGAAUCUAGUGAGGGUGAAGACUUACCAUGCUUUCAGACAUUAAUAUUUGGCAAAUCAGUAAGCACACCUUUGCAGAUCAAUAAACAAGUGGCAUCUGUGGCAGAGGCUUCAGUAAGUCCCAUCAAGUUGCCUCACAAUGGAAGCUAUGAUGACAGUAAUGUGCAGAAAGUGCCUGAAGCUGCCCCAGGUAAUGGGUGCCUUUCACUAAGCCAGGAGUCAGAAUGCUCCAUCAACUUAUUUUCUUCCCAGUCCAACAAUUCUGAAGAAUCAACUGAUGGAGCACAAGAGCCAAAGAAACAUUCAGCACAAGCCGAUAGGUCCAAACAAGUGAACAAUGCAAGUGAGAGUAAGGAAAUUUCUCAACGUUGCAAUGGAAGGCUGAAGAGAAGCAAAACAAACUUCAAAGAUGAAUGCCAAGGAGACCCAAAUGUGGGAGCAAACCUAGGUACAAACUUGUUUUCCUCUGGAUAUGACAGUGAAACAAGUAAUGUGGAAGAUUCAUGUGGGCUUUUUUCUCAGGGUGAAAUCCUUACCACACAGCAGAAGAAUGCUAUGCAAAAUAACCUGAAAAAACUUCAGCAAGAAAUGGCUGUACUUGAAGCAGUGCUACAGCAGCAUGGGAGCCAGGACUCUGAGUUUCUACCAGUGCACAGGGAACUGCUGCAUUCCAGUAGUAAAGGAACACUUGGAAUGGAACAAAGGAGACAAGAAAGAGAAAAUGCAGAUGAGCAGAAAUCUGAGACCAGACUCAACAGUCCAUCUGUUUUAUCAAAUCUCCCUGAAAAUGUGACCAGGAGUCCGAGUAACUCGCCGUCCUCUGCAAAGCUGCUUCACCCUGGAGCUGCAGAAGCAGCAAAGAGUUCUGCUGCAGCUCAGGGUGCUAAGCAAAGCUGUACUCAGGAGGGUGAAUCAAACAGUAGUGUGUGUUUUCCUCUACCUGUUCUGCACAGUGCAACUGGGAAAGAGAGUGCAGCAGUGACUAACAGGAAAGUAAUGUCCAUUGUGGCCUCAGGUCUGAAGCAAAGUGAAUGUCUGGUAGUCCAGAAGUUUGCAAGAAAAACUCAGAGCACUUUGUCUAAUCACAUUACUGAAGGAACAACCCAUGUCAUAAUGAAAACAGAUAAGGAGCUUGUGUGUGAGCGGACACUGAAGUAUUUCCUGGGCAUUGCAGGAAGGAAAUGGGUCGUUAGCUACCAGUGGGUGAUUCAGUCUUUUAAAGAAGGAAGGAUACUGGAUGAGGAGAACUUUGAAGUUAGAGGGGAUGUAAUCAACGGGAGAAACCACCAAGGUCCCAAGAGGGCUAGAGAGUCUCUAACUGAGAAGAUCUUUAAAGACUUUGAGAUCUGUUGCUGUGGACCUUUCACUGGUAUGACCACAGAACAUCUAGAAUGGAUGGUGGAGCUUUGUGGUGCCUCUGUUGUGAAGCAACUUCAUCUGUUCACACACACAACAAACUCUGCUAUUGUGGUUGUACAGCCAGAUGCUUGGAUGGAAAACACGGAUUACAGAGCCAUCCAGCAAAAGAACAACGUUGUCAUGGUGACUCGAGAGUGGGUGUUGGAUAGUGUUGCGUGCUAUGAGUGCCAGGAGUUGGAUGCUUACCUUGUGUCCUGAGGGCAAUCUGCUGGUCUUUACCCAUCGCUCAGGAAAUCUCAUUAGUGCUGAUAGUCUGGCAAUUAAUUCAAGGACUGUGAGUUUUUGAGUCAUGCAGAGAUGAGGUGCAGGUGCACGUAGUUAGUGUUCUUGUUCAGAGUGAAAUAACUGCACAUUUAUUAACAAUAAAGUUGCCGAAGUAACAUUACCAUAUAGAGA